GCACGCAAACGGCAUAUGAGCUCAGAGGCUCCGUUCACGCGUGCACGCAUGUACGGAUACUGGCCGCGACCGCGGAAUAUAAUAGCGGUAAUACGAUGGAACUGGGCCAGUCUUGCUUUGACGCGCGUCUUAGAAGCUUCCACCUGCUGCGUCGCGCGAGUUUCGGUCACGAGUUUUGCUCUGACCGUUCCCGAGAUGGGACGAUUACUCAUAUGGAUGCACUUCAUGUUGCUGACCGUGCUGUUAGCACCGGUACAGAAAGCUGCAGCAUGCAGUUGUGCACAGGCCCAUCCUCAAACCAAGUUUUGUGAAUCGGAUUUUGUUAUUGUGGUAAGGGUGAAAAAGGUUCUCCCCGUCAACGACUACGAGAUCGCUUACAAGGUCAAGAUAAACAGGGUGUUCAAGUCGAACCCAAAGGCCGACAUGGCUCUGAUGCAGAACCUUUUACGGACACCGUCCUCUGACUCGAUGUGCGGAGUGACACUGAACGUCGGCGAUACGUACGUUCUAAACGGAAGAAUCGUCUCCGGGAAAGCGCUUAUAUCGUACUGCGGGCUCUCGAUAAGAUGGGCCGACACGACUACUAGGCAACGUAAAGGAUUGAGACAGCUCUAUCAACAAGGCUGCGUGUGUGACAUUCUGUAUACACACUGGAGGCGCAAGGGUGCCGUGCUCGAGUCCAGCGGCGGGAAGAAUUGCCUCUGGGAAAGCACACCAGGCCCUCAGGAUUGCCAAGAAAAAUACGGCGUGUGCAUGGCGUUGCCCAGCGGCUGUUCCUGGGUUCCCUCGGUCCCGUACAAGAAUUGUAUCAAGGAAUACCAGCGUAAACGCGAGCAGCAGAGGUCACGAGAACCUUAAUUGGCACUUUCGUAUCAUAGCUUUCGUUCGCGUCCUCGUACGAUGGGAAGCAAUGGAAUUUAUCGGUUGUAAAACGACGCGGCGUGCCUGUCAGACAAUUUGAUGACGGACACGCCGCGUAAUCAAGUCAUUGAGAGGCGAAGUGUUAUAGCGGUAGUUUAAUGGAAGGCUGCAUAUUUUUGCAGCACGUAAAAAGGGAAGACCCGAACCACUGCUAUAUAUUGCAUGGAAUAAUUGAGUAACACGAUAGUGUUCGAUAUUUGGGUUAUAUACACACGGAGGCAAAAAAUUUCUCGUUUUUUUUAGUUUCAUUAAUUAUUGAAAGCAAUAACACUCUCUACGAUUUUGUAAAUUGCCUUUAUACUUUUCGAAUGAAAUCGAUUUCAUUUAAUCAAUAGGUCUUUAAAGCUGAAAACUUAAUUGGUAAGUUUGUAGCAUUUUACUUGUGAAAAACAGAAUUAUAUGUAUAUCGAUUAUAUUACUGUUGUCAUUGAUUCCCGUGCUAAUUUUAUUACCGGGCAAAAACAAUUAUUAAGAAUAUCAAUAUGAUACUGUAACAACGCAGUUAAGAUAGAAUUGCCUAGAAUUAUCUGUUAAAUUAUUUGUAACUUGAGUUACUUGAGUUCGAUAGCAACAACGUUGGCUAAUUCUAUUCCAUAGUUUAUAAUGGCAAUUUCACUUUAAUUGUGACUAUACCAUCAAUUGAAAAAAGUAUUAAUUAUUAGUAGGUCUGAUCGAAAUUGUAGUGUAACCAACCCUUAAUUAUUUGAUUAUUAUUAAUAAGGGGUAACUUUGUAUCGAUUAGAUAUUUUGAAACGCGUGCAUAUUUCAUCUCUGAAAUAUACAUGAGUGACCUACUUCCACAAUUAUUCUCUCUCUUAACAUGCUGUAUAUAUUAUAUAUUGUUAAUGUAUAUUAUAUAUCAUUAAAUUAUUCCAAUUAUUUCGCGUUGUAUGUAAUCUUAGAUUCAUCGUUACAACUUGUACUUUACUACGUUUCGUAAUAUUUUAUGUGUAUUUUUAGAUCUAAAUUAGAUUGUAGUUUUGCGUAUAUAUUUGUUUGCGUAGUUUAUUAUUCAUAAUCCGUGAACUAUUUAAUCAAAUGAGAACACUGCAUAUGCAAAUUUAUAGUCUUUUUUUUUAAUUAAAGAAGAUUUUGAUAUUGCAUUGUAGACGCAUUCAUUGUUAUAUGCAUACACUUUUAUUAAAUUUUGUUGCGUGCAAUGGAGUUUCUCGUAGUUUCUCGUUAAAUGGAAGUACAUUAUGUGGGUUGAAAUUUUAGUACAAAAUACAAAAAAUACUAAAAAUUUAUACGUGCACUUUCGAACGAAGAGACAAAGUUUUGUACCUAUAACUUAGUUUAGCUCUUAAAUGUGGUACUUUUUUUAAGUGUUAUGUGACAUGUAAAAUAAAAAUAAAU